ACAAAAGGCAGAGCAUGGAAAUCAUCGGAAUUGCAAAGAGAAUUCGAGUUAGAAGAAAGAAGAAGAGGCUUGUUGAAUAACCCACAAGGAAAAGAAGCUUUUUAUUCAUUUGGAAAGUCUUGUGCAAUCAAAGUUCCAAUCUUUGAUCAUCUUUAGGACGGGGCAUUGAUAUCUGGAACAACCAUGAACUGCUUAUUUCUGCUCAAGUGCCUUGUGAUCUGAUGAAAGAAAUAGUCGAGAUGCAGAUAUAGGGGUAGGCAUGUGCAGCAUAGUAUAUUAGCUUUACUUUAAAUGUGUAGUCAGAUGCUACUUAGAAGUGCUCCUCUCAUAUUUAGGAAGUUAUAGAUGGUUGAGCAACUUGAAACCGUUUGAUCACUUGGAAGAUAGAAAUGCAACUUGAUUCUUAUGCACAAAUGCACUGAGAAGAAGGGAAAAGAAGCAAAGUUAACUAAGGACUUUAUCUUGAAAUUCUUUUGAAGAUGGGCUUGCCUCAAGUGUCUUCUAGCAGUAUUGCUGAGGAAGUGGCAGCAUCACUAUGCACUUUUAUGCAACCUCCAUCCAGAAUUGCUGGCGUGAGUAGCUGUGAUUUAAGUGGUUUGCAUGGGGGAAACAUGGGAAAUCACAUGCAGGAUAUGACAUGCUCUUAUUCUGGAGAGCUCCAAAGGAACACCAUGACAGAGAUUCCAAAUAAACCAGAUUUUUCGAAUAUGUGUACUGGUCGAUCAAACAUGCAUUCCUUGAAGAUCAACAUCAUGGAACAAAAUAACUGGUUGAGUCAGAAAGUAGGUCCAAAUGUUCAGACAUCUAUUCCCAGAAUUGUUGGUUUUGAACCAAGAAACUUUAAUUCUCCUCUUGAUUUGUUCAAUGCAAACCGACAUUCUUCUAGUGGGGUGGCUGUCACAGGCGACACAAAUGAGGCCACUGGGUUAGUAGCCAGGAAACGGUUAUCGUCUCCUUUGAAUGGAAUGCAUCUCCAAGAUCAAUUUAAUGGCAAUUCUCUAAACAUUGGUGAUGGGAUCCAUAAGACCUUUGGAUGCGAAGAUGGCUCUAAUGUUCCCACAUUUCAAGAGCAUAAAAAAGCUCACAUUGGCAACUCCAGUUGUUUCGGUUCUACUAUUUGGUCUGCAUCUUGUUCCCCAGAGUGGAAGUAUUCAUUGGAUGAGAAGUGUACUAUAAACUCCUCCUUUGUAGUUGAUGGUCCUUUGCUUGAAACCAAGGAGCCAAAAUCACAUAAUCAGUUCAUAUCAUCAUCUGGACUUGAUCACUCCCCAGAAACGAUAAAGGUAAGGUCACAGUCUGGAGCAAUAGCCAUAAAUUCAAGAAAGGUGGCGCUACAUCCACUUUCUUUAUCUCCUCUUGGCCCAAAAUUUCCUGAAAGAGUGAAAUUUGGAGAACUCUGCGGGGAUCAUACACCAAAGGCAGAUGAUGAUUACAUUAUGACUUUGAAGAACAUGGACCCUUCACUCGAUGGGACUAUCCCAGGCAUGUCAGCUUCUUGGAAAGAGGAGACUUUUAGGGCUCCAAGUAAUUCAUUGGAAGAUGUCGAUAUUUUGCAGAAAAAGUUUGUCCUCUUUAGUCCUGAGAGUCCCAACGGGAUGCAACAGCAAUGGAAUCAGGAUUUGAAAUCCAAGUCGGAAGCUGUUAAAUUAGCUCGAAGCCUCACUGGACUGCCUGUUAGGAGGUCCUUGGUGGGUUCAUUUGAGGAAUCCCUCUUGUCUGGCCGACUGGUAUCAGCAAAGGUUAAUCAGAGAAUUGAUGGUUUUCUAGCUGUUCUGAAUGUUACUGGAGGAAAUUUCUCCCCAAAAUCACAAAAACUUCCAUUUGCCGUGACCAGUGUGGAUGGAGAGAACUACUUGCUGUAUUAUUCAUCAAUAGAUCUUGCUGGGAGAAGGACAUCAGAAAUGUAUGGAGGACCCAAGAUGAAAAGAAGCCUUAGCAUGGAUGAUUCACAAGCAGACAGGAACCGUCUACGAAUACCUAUGAAAGGCCGCAUACAACUGGUUCUCAGCAAUCCAGAGAAGACACCAAUUCACACAUUCAUCUGUAACUACGACUUGAGUGACAUGCCAACCGGUAGCAAGACAUUCUUGCGCCAAAAGAUCACUCUUGCCUCUUCUGAAGCAACCUUGAAGACUCAAAAUGGAAGACCUAUGGAGUCUGGUGAAGAAACUAAUUCAAAUCCAUCUUUGAUCCUAGACACUGCUAAUUCUUUUCAGCUAAAUGGGUUUAAUGUUGCACAUAAAAUAAGAACUGCAAAGCAGUGUGUAAAAGGAUCAAAUACAGGAGAUUCUGAUUACACCAAUGACACAGUCAAUCUUGGUGAGCUCAAUUCUUGUAGAUAUGAAAAGACCGAUGAGAUGGACAACAUGACAACGGGUAUAUACCAUAUCAGUGAAAAUAAGUCUCAGCAUAGCCCUUCAAAGAUUAGAAAGAAUACUACUGGUUCUGGUGUUCUACGUUAUGCUCUUCACCUUCGCUUCUUGUGCCCUUUCCCUAAGAAAUCUUCAAGGUCAGUGCAGAGAUGUAAAGCAGAUCCCUCAUCUGGAGAAGUGAGAAACAAUUUGAACACUGAAGGGGAGCGGCGCUUCUACUUGUAUAAUGAUUUGAGGGUGGUUUUUCCUCAACGUCAGACGGACUCUGAUGAGGGCAAGUUACAUGUGGAGUACCACUUUCCUUCAGACCCGAAAUACUUCGAUAUCAGCAACUAGAAGGGGAACAUGACAUUCUCUGCUUAGAUAGAUAAUCUGUUUAUCAGUAGUCUCAGUAUGUACAUAUUUGUACAUUCAUUUCCCAUCAUCUUUUGGGGCAAUUGCCCCAUUUAAGCUGUAUAUAGUCAUCACAAUAAUCAUUCAAUUCAAUAAAUCUGCCCCUCACACCUGUAGAUAUACUAGUAC